AUGCCGAUUGGCAGAGGCUGGCCUUGCCUUUUGCUGACUAGCAGAGGCUUGCCUUUGCCGACUGGCAGUGGCUUGCCCUUGCCUCUGCCGAGUAGCCUUGGAUUGCCCUUGCCAAGUGGCAAGGCCUGCCCCUUGUUGACUGGCAAAGGCUUGCCGCCCUUGCCUUGCCUUAUGCGAGUGGCAAAUGCCAAAUUUUGUCAUGUCAAGUGGCAUGUGCCACCUUCCACUUGGGUUGAGUGCUUUGGGUUUAAUACUGUGGAUAGGGCAUGCUGUGGAACAGGGAGGAACCAGGGGCAAAUCACAUGUCUUCCAUUUCAAGUUCCAUGCUCAAAUAGGAACCAAUAUGUUUUUUGGGAUGCCUUCCAUCCAACACCGGUGGUUGCUGCCAUACUUGCUCAAAGGGCCUAUUCUGGCCCACCUUCCGACUGCCACCCAAUGAAUGUUCAACAAAUGGCACUCAUUAAUUUUUGA